AUGUUGCCUUCAUACUCUCCCCAUCUGGUCUUGUUUGUUCUCAUCCUUGGCCUCUUGUCGCACUCCGCUCUAGCAGUAAUCGAAUCUGCCUUCAAAGUCAAGCAGGGUUUGAUUGCGGUCGGCGGGUGUGACAGUCACAAAGCUGUGCUAAGGAGAUGGUGGUCGGACAUGACGCGACUCGUUGACGCAGCUCUGGAGAAUGCGGCAGACGACAAUGAGCACGGGGCUGAAUACAUGCAGACGUUUUUCGGCCUUGACCCUCCCCCCCAAGACGCAGGUCAUAGGCAAACGGCUCGAGAGCAGGAAUGGGGUGAUACAGCCUAUAACAAAGACACGGGUGAAAGGUUUGCCCCAGAUCCAGAGACGGGAACGACGACCAAAGUGAGCGACGUUGUUCAGUCGCCAAUCCCGGAUCCAGAGGACCAAGAUGCUCCAAAGGAGAUCUUUCCAUUCUGGUCCUCGGACCUUAAGGAGUAUCCCAUUGACGUACCCGGCGAUUACUGCACGGAGAGAUACGAGAACAAUGGAAAUAACUUUGGGUCCACACACGGUAGUUUCAAGGUAGCGGCCGUGACAAUUUGCGUACAAAACAUAAAGGUGAACAAGAAGGAACACCUGGGCAACCUUGGCACCAUCAAGAAAACGGGGCAAAGCAUCAUCAAGUUUGUCAGCCAAUCUAUGACCCUGUUUCAUGAACUCUUCCACGUCGUUUUGACGAACGAUGAAACACCGGAAACUGACAGAAGCUACGAUCUGGACUGGAUCACCGGAACCAAUGAAGAAGAAAACUACGCGACUACAGAAGAAGCCUUGUCCAACCCGGAGUCAUACACCUUGUAUGCCCUCGCUCGUCUUCUUGGAAAGAGAAACCUGACGUUUACCUUUGCCAGUGCGGAGGCUCGGAAGAGGGAGGAUGUCAAUAAUACCUGA